AUGGGAAGAAACAUAGGAUCCUUGUUGCUGUUGGCUCUUGUUAUUGUUGUUCAUCAUGGAGUUGUUGUGGCCACACCCAAAUCAAUGGAGCUCUACAAGGAUCAGGAUGAAGAAUAUUGGGAUGAGAGAAGACCUUCUUCUUCUUCUUCAGAUUCAGGUUUUUUGUUGCAAGAUGCAAAGAGUGUGGUGAAGACUGAAGCUGGGGAGAUGAGAGUGAUGAGAAGCUAUGAUAGUGGUUUUGGUGGUGGCAGAAGGAGUUUCGAGAGGCUCAUGCACAUUGCAUUCAUCACCAUGGAACCAAGGUCCUUGUUCAUUCCUCAGUACCUUGACUCCAAUUUGGUCAUCUUCAUCCGAAGAGGGGAAGUAAAAUUGGGAUACAUGAAUGGAGAUGAACUAGCAGAGAGAAGAUUAAAGAGUGGGGAUAUAUAUGUAAUUCCAGCAGGAUCCCCAUUCUAUUUGCUCAACAUUGGUCAAGGUCAGAGACUUCACAUGGUUUGCAGUAUUACCCCAGUUGAAGGAACACCCACACCCACCUUCCAUUCCUUCUAUAUUGGUGGUGGUGCCAAUCCAGAGUCUAUUCUUUUUGGAUUUGACCCUGAGAUCCUUCAAACUGCAUUCAAUGCAACAAGAAGGGAACUAGAUAGAGUUUUCAGUGCAGAAUUAGAAGGACCAAUAGUGUUUGUUGGCGAUAUUCGUGAGCCUAGUUUGUGGACCAAGUUUCUUGAAAUGAAGGACCAAGACAAAGCCCAACACUUGAAGAAAAUGGUGGUACAAGAACAUGAUGAUCAUGAUCGUGAUCAUUAUGAUGAGAAAGAAGAAGAUGGAAGGACAAGUUGGUCGUGGAGAAAGCUAUUGAACAGGAUCUUGGGAAAUGAGAGCAAGAAGAAAACAGAUUACAAGGGCAGCACUGGUGGUUCUCCUGAUUCAUACAACCUCUAUGACAAGAAACCAGAUUUCAGAAACAGUUAUGGUCAUAGCAGUGCUAUUGAUGGUGACGAAUAUCAUCCACUCCGAGAUGUUAACAUCGGCGUUUUCCAUGUUAAUCUCACUGCGGGAUCGAUGAUGGCUCCUCACGUGAAUCCAAGAGCAACAGAAUAUGGAAUCAUACUUCGAGGUUCCGGCAGAAUCGAAGUGGGUUUUCCAAAUGGCACCAAUGCGAUGAACGCUGAGGUUCGAGUAGGUGACGUGUUCUUUGUCCCUAGAUUCUUCCCCUUCUGCCAAAUAUCGUCAAGGACGGGUCCUUUGGAAUUCGUGGGGUUUGCCGAUUCUGCCAAAAAGAACUAUCCGCAAUUUCUGGCAGGAUCGGUGUCCCUCGUGAGAUCUAUGAUGGGUCCUGAGCUCGCCGCGGCUUUUGGUGUCCAGGAGGACACCAUGCGCCGUCUCGGCGAUGCUCAGCGCGAGGCCAUCAUAUUGCCUUCCACGUGGGUUCCCGCUGGUGGUGACAAGGAGAAAGGUAAAGAGCCACGUGGUGGAGACGGUGAGGAAAGGGAGAAGCUGGUGGUGACGAGGAAAGAGGCAAAGAGCCACGUGGCAGAGAUCCUGAGGAGAGGGAGAGAGAAAGGAAGCCGCGUGGUGGUGAUGCAGAGAAGAGGGAGAGGGUGCCACGUGGCCGAGGUGGUGAUGCCGAAGAGAGGGAGAGGGAAAGUGUGCCACGUGGCAGGGAUGUGAAGGGGGAGCCAAUGCCAAAGGCGGAGGAAAGAGGUCCAAUUGGGAAGGAUUUGGCUAAGAAUUUAAUUAUGGGUAUCAUUGAUGU